GUCCAUUCGCGAGUAUGUGCCAUCCCCUUCCCUCCAACAUCAAAAGAAUCCUUUCUAAUGGAAAAGUAUUAAGCCCCUCUUCACGUCCUCCUUCGCCUAUAGUUAUAAACACUCGACCAAGAUUUACGUUAGAAAGGAAACCUAUAAUCACAAACGGCGUUCAAAACGCGACCAUGUUGUACUUUUCUGCUUCUUUUCAUGAGAGUAUAUUCCAAAUUUGAAGCGUUGGAAACAUCGAAAAGAGUGGUGUUUUAGAUGACUUUUUGUAGCAGACGAGAGGAUAUAUUUGCAUCGAGAAGCGAUAAACUUCUACCGCAUGUUUACACAGUAAACAAGUAAAGUAAACGACCGACGUUGUUUCAACUGAAGCGCACCUCAAAAGGCUUAUUUGGUGUUUGUCUUUCUGAGCGACUGAAGCACUGAUCACAAUGUCGCGCAGCAGUGUAUCACCACUGGUUGAAGACGGCACCGAAAACGAGGUGGGCAACGCAUGGACCAAUGGCACAGCGCCCUCUAUGACCCACGAAGGUUUCGAAUUACCGCCCUUAAAAACAUCCAAUGGAACACCACUCCAUGGAACCCCGCUCGCGAAGCGACAGACGACAGAGACGACGAAAAGGCCAUUGGAAAUGACGGUGUCAAUGGAAAUUGAAGAGAAUGAAAAGGGCCUGAGCUCUCUAGACUACAUGAAAGACAUCGACAUGGAGUUCUACGCUCUCCUAGGACCACUCAUUAAAUGCAUGGCGUUCUUUGGUCUUUGGCACGGAUAUGUUGUUGAUCCUCUACAUAAUCCCCCACCAAAGACUAGGUUCAAGAAGAUCUUUAACCAGAAGAACUAUUGCAUCCUGGCUCAGAUUUUGCUGUGGUUCAACACUCUCCGGUACGCUCCAGCUUUCUUCAUCGGAUCUUACCGUGAUCCAAUCAAGAUCGUCCCUAAGGUCAUCUUCUCCAUCUUCACCCUGCAGUGCGCCCUCAACUCCUCCGUCUUCUUCUACUGUUUGUCCAAAAAGAAUAAAGUAUCCAUAUUCUUUCAUCACUUCGAGUCGGCCAUUCAGAGCAACCCUGUGACGGCUGUGGAUAAGAAGUGGCUGAAAAGAGCCAGCUGGGCGUGUACCAUCGUCGCCAUCAUCUUCGUCGUCAUUCACUGCCUCAACCAGGCUGCCAACGCCUAUCUCCCCAUCGAGACCUUCCGCAACAACAGCCUCGUCUUCAUCGCACCCAUGUACUACAGCUCCCCGCUCCACGUCCUCUUCGGAAUCAUCUUCCUCUUCAACUUCGCCGCCUGGAUCUUCCCUCUUCUCUUCUUCGUUCUCAUCUGCAUCAUCCUCUCCAGGCAAUUCGUCAAACUCGAUCUGCGAAUCGAGAAGUCCUUGCGCAAAGCCCGAAUCGACGGGUGCUUCCCGAAAGAUUUCGAAGUUCUCCGAAGACAGCACGAAGCGCUGUGUACGGCGUUAGACACAUCCAACGACGGUCUGUUUACCUAUGUCAACCUGGUGACCUACGCGACUAUGGCUCCACUGGCGGUGUUCUUGUUGUACCGAAUCAUCACUUCGCCCUCUUACGAGCUGGGAUUGUCAGGGUGGUUCUUUUACUGGACGUGGAUGAUUAACAUCUUCAUCAACGUCAUCAUCGUGUCUUGGAUCGCAGCUAUUUCAAGUACAAAGGCACAUGAUCCCAGAGAAAGACUCUUCUUGGUCAAUCUAUGGAACAUCACGAACGAGGAAAUCAUGCAGAUGAAUGUAUUCCUGAACAGAGUGAGCGGUGAUCCCAUAGGAUACACGAUAUUCGACUUGGUUACCAUUACAAAACCGUUCAUCUUAACGAUUGGCGGUCUCCUUCUCACCUUCUACGCCAUCAUCUCCGAGUUCAAUGGAUGAAGAUCUACUCCACCCCAUCACUAUGGUUACUCAUUAAACUAACUAAACUAAACUAAAUAAAUGAAAACCGAUGUCAAAGGACUUUCGAGAAAUCCCCAAAGGCAACUUCGAAACUCUAUUGUACGUUCCAUUGUAAUCAUUAUCGGUUUACAUAAUACGUUCCUGCAAUGUUCGCACGUUUAAUAUUUUGUAAUGGACAAUUACUUUAGGUUGAUUUUUUGAAAACCUUUGCGAUUGCGUGACAUGUAGGAGUGGAAAUCCACCCUUUUAAGAGAAAUCCAUGUUCAGUACUGUAAGUUCCACUCUCAAAUGAUUAACCCAAAACCACUACUUGGAGUAGUUUUCUCUGCUUUUAAGAGUGGAUUUCACUCAUUUGAGCGUGGAUUAGCACUCUAAACUGAAAGGAUCCCUGUUAUAAAUUUUCACUCCUUCCACUCCUGUAGAUUCGGAGAGUACAACAUACCAUCAACUGAUGCCAAAGGUGUUUCAGCAAUUCCACAUUUCUGCCAAAAAAUACUCGGGUGACAAAAUCCACUUGAUGCUGCAUUAAUUGAUGAAGAACGAAUCUUUAGUUGGUGGAAGAUCGUAACAAUGGUGAUAAGUUAUCACCAUGGUUACAAUCUUCCACCAGCUGAUUCUAUACAAGGGUAGGCAUUCCUUUAUCAACUGAACAAUUCAACCGUACCCCCUUGAACAUCUGUGUGUUCAAAUAUCUACUUGCUGCAAUAAUUAUUUGAUGAAGAGGGAUCCCAUCCCAUCAACAUAGUUAAUUUCUACCAUCAACUGACUCCAAGCAAGGGUACUUAAUCAAUUCUACUUUCCCGCCAAAAAAAUAUGUGUGUGAGACCAAAUUCGUACGUUGUUGUGAUAUAGUGUGUAUGAACCAACCAAUGACAUACAAGUAGGCCUACUAUUAUUUCCUGAAUUUGGUGAAUGGAAAUUGGGAAAAUGUGGAACCAAUAUUAGGAGGUGUGUGUGUAAUUGGGUUUUUACAGACGUGUAUAUCAAUCAUAUAUGAUUAUUUACGUCUGGGGUCCGACCUUUAACGUCACCAUCCGAAAGACGUGACUCAGUUUCGAACCUACGUCUUCGGCUGAAUCAGUUUGUAACUUCCACUAUUAGCUGGAUUACAGGCGCACGCCACAACGCCUCUCCGUCUGAGAGCCCAACUAUUAGGUAGGAAUAUUGCAUAAUUUAUACUCGAGGAAGAAGUGUUCCAACUUGAUAUCUACUGAAGACAAAUUCAGCUAGUCUGCUAGAAUAGACCGUAAUUUUAAUUUUGUUUUAAAUGUCGCUGCUCAGUGUGCUGUUUACACGUAACUGCCUUGUCAGCUAUUUAGGGCUAUGUGUAGACAUUAGUCUUCAGCCCGAAAAUCUCUGACUCUGUUCAUUGUGUGAUGCGUUGUAACUGACAAUGAUUUUUGGCUGCCAUGCUUGAUCUGACCUGCAGAACUCGCUGUUCAUUAUACCUGCAUGGAAACUAUAUGCACCUCCCUCUUUGUCGAUCUUAUGUCCAAUCACCAAUUUUUUUUCUUAAACAAAAUAAAAAUCCAUUUUGUCAUCAUUGGUAUUUGAGAUGUUUUAGAUGCAAUAUUUGUAUAUAGAUGUGAAUGUCUGCCCAGAGAGUAUUACAUUUUGGCGAUCGUUGUAUAACUUGUAUUGUCAUGGUUGUAACUGUAACAUAAGGUUAAGUGUCUGUUAUUGUAACGUCAUUGAAACGAGUCUCACGACUACUUUAACAUAGAAAGUUUUUUUUUUGUAUAUUUAAAAUGAUUGUUAUUUGUUAAAGCCACCAUGAGGAUGAUAAUGAUUAAUUUCUUUAUCAUCUUUAUCAUAUUAUAUUUAAAUAUAAUCAUGCAGCAGCAUCAGCAGCAUCAGCAUUGUUUUUGAAAUAUUUUUUUUCAUUAAAAAUUAUCCUUCGGCUUGCCUUCUGUUUUAUCUAUAAAUAUUUUGAACUUAUAAUUAUAUUGUCUAUGAGUGUGUCUUAUAUUUAUCCUUUUAGCGUUGUCAUUGUAUAAAAUAUAUUCGACUGAGUCGGCUAUUUGUAAAUAGACUGUCUGAAGUCAGAAGGGCGUUCACUCAUCAUACUAUAACAAAGAGUUAACGCCCUUCUAGCUAUGAGCAGGAUAAUCGAAAGGCUGUAGCAAACAAAUGCCAAAUAAUGUUUUAGGCCGUAAAGCACGGCACAUCGGCCCUAAUUGUAAAUACUAGCAUUUCCUUGAUAUAACAUGUUUAUUAUGUUAAAUCUGAUACUGUGAUAGAUACUACUUUUUGUAAUCACACUUCACAAGGGGAACAUUCUGCAAAAUGGAAAAUUGGUUCUAAAUGUGGUUUAACUAGUUGUUCUAUGGACAGAUAUUACCUCUUCAAUUAAAGAUAAACUUGAGUUCUGUUUAACAAAA